GAAGCCGUUUGACCGAAUAUAUAAUCAAAAGCGAGGCGAGGAAGUUGAACGCAACUAUCAACCACACGAAAUACACAUCCUACCAGUGUACUCGUACAGAUAUAACAUGUCCUACCAAGACCCAAGCAAAACUUCAGGGCAAUUUCACUCGGCCAAGGGUACGGUGAAUGAGACUAUUGGCAGCCUUACUGGAGCGACCUCGUGGCAGCAGUCUGGAAAGGAUGAACACGCCAAGGGCGAGUCCGAGUACAAUGCCGCCAAAGGUAAAGGAUACGUCGAAGGUACCACCGAUCGAAUAGUAGGGAAGAAGGACACGGUCGCUGGUGCGUUCACUGGCGACAAGCAGCAGCAAGCUGAAGGAAAUGCCAGGCAUGACAAAGGGGAGACGCAGCAGGAGUUGAACAAACACUAGCAGGUGUUUUGAAACAUUGCUUUCUGGAAGCAUAGAUGCCUAUAUCAUUAUCGAAGGAGAUUGUAUUAGAGAAUAUAAUAGAAAAUCAUAAUUUGACUUAGAUUGGUACGAUUCAGUGGUCGUGGUGCCAGUGUGUGCGCGGUGGCU